CGCGACACCGAGGUGACGGCUGUGCGCUGUGGGCUGUGUGCGGCGGCCGAACGGCGCCGGGAGUCCGGGCCGGGUGAGCGUGGGACCAUAGCGGCCAGCGCUUUGACAUGGCAGCAGCAGGUCCAGACAACAAUGUACAGAAGCCUCAUCCUGUGAUUAUCUCAGGAUGGCAGGAAAAUAGUUCUAGAAGCUCCUGGCAAAAAUCCUCAACACUUUGACCCAAUUGAAGGCAAAUGUCCUCGUCUGAACCUGGAAUUCCCAAAUCCCUGCUGUUUGGGAACCAGUCACAUGCAAGAGAGAUGGGGCUUAUCUGACUGUGCUAAUUCUGCUGGGGCACCCUCCUGGAGGUUUUGGAUUGUGAGAUGGGGACUGAGAAAAAGGAGGUGAUUCCCAAGGAAGAAAUUUCUGAAGAAACUGAGUCGCACAGGCCACCAUUAGAGAAACUUGCAAAGGUGGUUUACCAACCAUCCUGUGAGGAAGACAUGUGGGAGAGGCAUUUGAGGGAGUCCUCACAAGAGAUUAUAGAGCACAUGUCUCCCCAGCAGAGAGACUUUCCAUCAGAGCUGAUUUUCUUUAAGUCAUCUCCCUCAAGUGAGAAAAAGCCAGAGAACAGUAAGUGUGAGAGAGUCUGUAGCCCCACCCCAAGCCUCGUGGUACAGCAAGAAAGUUCUACAGUAGAGAGUAUUGGUGCUUUUGCUGCCUCUGGCCAAAACUUCAUAGAGAAUAACCUAGAAUUUAACGGAACCCAGAGAAAUUGUGUGGGAGAAAAGCCGCAUACCUGUAGAGAAUGUGGGAAAGCCUUUAAUCAGAACUCCCAUCUCAUCCAGCAUAUGAGAGUUCACAGUGGAGAGAAACCCUACGAGUGCAAAGAGUGUGGGAAGACAUUUGGAACGAACUCCAGCCUUCGAAGACACCUGAGAAUUCACGCUGGAGAGAAACCCUUUGCUUGCAGUGAAUGCGGGAAGGCCUUCAUCCAGAGUUCGCAUCUCAUCCACCAUCACAGAAUCCACACAGGGGAGAGGCCCUAUAAGUGCGAAGAGUGUGGCAAAGCCUUCAGUCAGAACUCAGCCCUUAUUCUGCACCAGAGGAUCCACACUGGAGAGAAGCCGUACGAGUGCAACGAGUGCAGGAAGACCUUCAGGGUUAGCUCCCAGCUCAUCCAGCAUCAAAGAAUUCACACAGAAGAAAGGUACCACGAGUGCCAUGAGUGUGGCAAAGCCUUCAAGCAUAGCUCGGGCCUCAUUCGACAUCAGAAGAUUCACACUGGAGAAAAACCGUAUCUGUGCAAUGAAUGUGGGAAAGGCUUCGGGCAGAGUUCUGAGCUUAUCCGCCAUCAAAGAAUUCAUACCGGGGACAAACCCUACGAAUGCAAUGAGUGUGGGAAAACUUUUGGCCAGAAUUCUGAGAUUAUUAGACAUAUUCGAAUCCACACUGGUGAGAAGCCCUAUGUGUGUAAAGAAUGUGGGAAGGCCUUCAGGGGAAACUCAGAACUUCUUCGGCACGAGAGAAUUCACACGGGAGAGAAACCCUAUGAGUGCUUCGAGUGCGGGAAGGCUUUCCGGCGCACCUCCCACCUCAUCGUCCACCAGCGCAUCCACACGGGACAGAAACCUUAUCAGUGUAAUGCGUGUGCAAGAACCUUUUGGGAUCAUUCUGAGUUGCUUCUCCACCAGAAAAUUCACGUUGGAGAGAAACCGUACGAAUGUACUGAGUGUGAGAAAACAUUCAGCCAGCACUCCCAGCUUAUCAUCCAUCAGAGAAUUCACACUGGCGAGAAGCCUUACCAGUGUCAAGAAUGUCAAAAGACCUUCAGCCGAAGUUCCCACCUCCUCCGGCACCAGAGUGUUCACUGUAUGGAGUGACGUGAAACAGGAAAGUAUGGUAGAGAGGUGGAAGUCAGAUUUACUCAUUCUCUUGUCAUCUGCCCUCCCCCCCGCAUGUCUUCAGAUCACCCCCAAUGAAUAGAAAACACCCCAUCUUUCCAUCAUUAAUUGUUUGCACAGUUGGUUGAAAAAAACAAGGCACUUUUAUUAACUGAGUUUAAAUAUGCUGAGUUAAAUCACGAAAGUUGUUUCAGGCCUUAAUUCCCCCCUGUUCCUCUUUGCUCCUCCCCCAGUGGAUCUGGGUAGACAUACUAGGGUCUGCCAUCUAGCCUGAAUUGUGAGAAGGGGGAGGGGGUGGGGGACAGGAUUUUCUACUUCCUAAUAAUUAGGAAGUUGGCUCAUUGGAUGUUACCCAGUGAGGUCAUGACCUAGAGCAUACACCUCAUUCUCCUGUCUACUUGUUUAUUCUUGGAGGAAUUUACUAAGCUUUCUUUAGCUUCAAAAUCUUCCAGCUAUGCCAUGCAAUUCCCUUAUAGAUGGCAGCAUCUGCUGGUCACUGGUGGCUCACACCUGUAAUCCCAGUUACUCAGGAGGCUGAGGGUCUAAGGA